UAAGAGUUUUGUCGUGGAGCGUCUUACAUUGAACAACAUCCACAUCUCGCUGUGUUGGAGUUUCAUAAGAAAGGACGUCAUAGAGGAAUGUAAAUUGACUUUUUGACUGAAGUGGUUGGAGAAAUUUGACUUGGUCAGUCAGUACAGAUGAUAGUGCUUGACUUGCUGCUGUCUACCACCACUGUACCGUCACUGUACCGCCACUGUACCACCACUGUACCACCACUGUACCGCCCUUGUACCACCACUGUACCGCCCUUGUACCACAACUCUAACACGACCGUACCACGUCUAUACCAGUGAGAUCAAAACGCCCCACUCCCUACACAAGCCAUGAAGUCUCGUCUAGUGCUCACGCUGGUUCUCGUGUUCUCCCUACAACACCAAGUCCAGCCUGACGCCCUUAUUAAAACCACUGACGCCGGCACCAAAUACGUCGGCGUCGGCUACACAAUGGAGUUCGACAACACCGAGUACACCCUGGCUAAGUUUCGUGGCAUCCCUUUCGCCAAACCUCCAACCGGAAAUCUCCGGUUCGCCAAACCUCAAGCGCCUGUUGUAGGUGAGCAGUACGACGCGAGGGAGUUUAAAAGUGUGUGCAUGCAGCCACCCAAACCAUUGGAUGCUUGCUUAAUCCACCAACCUAUCGACGAGGAUUGUUUGUAUUUGAAUGUGUAUGUGCCACUGCCCGGAUGGACUGCCAGUGACGUCAACGACACCGCGAUAGACUCGCAUAAAGUUUUGGCUGAUGCCAUGUCGAGUGCCAAGAGUUUGCCUGACGGUGCCAGCCACGCCGUGUUUGUGUAUGUGUACGGAGGGGCGUGGCUAGAGGGAAACGGCAACUGCUAUGACGGCUCGGUCUUGGCUGGGUUGGGCGAGGUCAUCGUCGUGACCUUCAACUACCGGUUAGGUCUUCUGGGGUUCGCAACCACAGAAGAUGACGUCAUACCCGGCAACGCUGGUCUCUGGGAUCAAGUUUUCGCGUUAAAGUGGGUCAAGGACAAUAUUGAGAAAUUUGGCGGGGAUGUGAGUAAAAUCACGGUGGGUGGGAACUCAGCAGGAAGUAUGAACAUAUUGGUGCACAGUCUGUUUCAGGAAGACGAGCAGCUGUUUCACAGAGUCCUGGCAAUGAGCGGAGACGCUUCGUUUAACAAAGUGACCAGCACUGUUGGCUACAAGUCGACCUUGACCGCGGCGAAGGCACUGGGAUGUAGCCCACAACCCAGCAAACAAGAACUGAAGACGUGUCUCCUGAAUCUCAACCAGACCGACUUUGUCGGCUUGCUCCCACCCAGCGAGAUGUCGUUUGGGCUACCGUUUCUCCCAACGCUUGAAGCCCCCCUCAUCCCCCUACACCCGAGCUCUGUUUUAAGCGGAAGUUACGACCCCAGCAAGAUGGCCGUCCUCUCCAGGUUCGCCAAGAAAGACAUCCUCACUGGUAUCGUAUCAGAAGAUGGGGAGGUCAUGUACCAAAUCUGGCGAAUCCUCACUCAAGCCCCAACCAACAGUACCUACAUCACACUCGAUUACAUCAAAACCAUGAUCUUCCAACUCCUGGCUUCUCGAUACGACGAAGAUAUCGACACAUAUAAGUAUGUAAUCGAAGCUGCCGUGGAUCGAUACCUGGACUGGGCUAAUAUAAACGACGACGUUAAAAGAAGCAGAGAAGCGAUUACGAUUAUCACCGACAUGUGCUUUGUGCUGCCGAUGAUCUCAACUUUAAACACGCACAUCGCGACCCAAGAGGCGCUCACGUUGAGCCCGGGCGGCCACAGGUAUGUCUACAGGUUCAAGACACCAAAAACAAGUCUGCUGUACCAGACGUAUGUGUUCAGCUGGUUCGAGGGAACUCACCACGACGCCGACAUACCAUAUGUGUUUGGGGGCAUCAACCAGUCGGAGCCAGAAGAUGUUCAGCUCUCUAAAGCUUUAAUGACGUAUUGGACAAGCUUCAUCAAAACAGGGAGCCCGAAUCCUUCAACCAACAGCCUUAACCUCCCCCAAUGGGAUCAGUACACAAGCACCAACAAGAACAUUCUGGAGCUGAAGACGACCCCCGAGCAGACGACCCACUUUGCGGAAGACGCCGUCCAUUUUUGGUGGGAUUAUCUGCCCGGAGUCAAGCAGCGUCUGUGUAGUCAGGGAGUCAGAAGCACCAGCGUCAGUCUAGCUGUUGUCUUUACCCUACCUCUAUCUCUGGUUAGCCGUUUCGUUUAACGGGAGCUGGAUUGGUUUCAGUGGCGUCCGAUUAGCCAAUCUGUACCUUCUGAUUUAGCCAACUAACGGAAGCUGAGUUUACAUUUUUUUAUCACUUUGAAAAUCGUCUAGCUGUAAAUAACUCGAACACAAUGGCCUACAUCUUUAUUACUAUCUACUUAAAGCUUAAUUUAAAAAAAAUAGAUUUGAGCUUCUUUUCUUUUUUAAAUGUUGUACAUAGCAAAUCGUUUACGAAAUACGAAUCCGUCCUUAAAAAUUUGAAGAAAGUAAAAAUUCAGUUUAAAAGUACUUAAAUAUAAUUUUAUAUUUUUUGAUCCACAUUGGAGUCAAGCAUUAGAAUCUCGCUUACAAGAGAUGUUUUUACUUCAGGUUAAGAAACGGGGGAAAAAUAGUAAAGGCUUACAGAGAAACAUUUCUUGUUGAAACUGUCUCUAGUUUCUGUUUAAAUAAAUUGCGCUGACUAUUUGAUUCUGUUUUCGCCAGAAGUUGGCCGUAUUAAAAAAAGACGUAGUAUAAAGGUAAUUGAUAAUGCUGCUUUGGAUUUUAUGUAAAAAUAAUUGACAAAAAUGUAAAAAUAAGAUUUAUUUUUAA